AAAAACAUUUCUCCGCAAAAACCCUACUUUUUUUUUUCUCUAAUUUACAAUCCCUACCACUUUUCCUUUUUCUUCCCCACCUUCUCUACCUUCUCAAUUCGCUCUUCUGUACAGAUAAUUUUCCCAAUUUAUUGGUAAUUUCCGAAAACCCUCGAGGGUAAUUUCGGUAUUGCAAAAUGUCUGGUGCAUCUGAAACGACGGCGGCGGCGGCGGCGAUGGCAAACCGUGAGCCGUUCAACGUAACCGCCGCGGCUUCACAAACUCAGAUGGAACAUCAAAUGCGCAUGCCCUACGCCGGCGACGGCGCCUGCGGGUUCAUGCAAAUGGGCUCUUCGCCGCCGCCGUACCAAUCCAUCCCCUCCGGCGGCAUGGUGGUGAACCACGUUGGAAACUCGAGUGAGCAGAAGCGGAGGAGAGGGCGGCCGAGGAAGUACGCACCAGAUGGCAACAUCGCCUUCUCCAUGGCUUCUUCGCCUCAACAGCAGCAGCCACAGGGUUUCUCUCAGACGGCGGCGCCGCCUCAUCUACCCUCUCAGGCGGCGGCGGCGGCGGAUGGAUCUGGCUCACCGAGUGGUAAGAAGGUCAGAGGCAGACCUCGUGGCUCGAGAAAUAAAAAGCAGCAAAAGGAAGCUUUAGGUUCAACUGGUAUCGGAUUCAUACCGUACGUUCUCAAUGUGAAUGCAGGAGAGGAUGUCUCUUCGAAAAUAAUGGCUGUUUUUCAGAACGGACCAAGGGCUGUGUGUAUCCUAUCUGCCAACGGUACCAUAUCGACUGUGACACUCAGCCAGGCUGCAACAUCUGGCGGAACCGUUACUUAUGAGGGCCGGUUUGAUAUAUUAUCGCUUUCUGGCUCGUUCAUGCUAUCUCAAGUUGGCGGCCAGAAAAGAAGGACAGGUGGCUUAAGUGUCUCGUUAGCUGGUCCAGAUGGCAGUGUCUUAGGUGGUUCUGUCGCUGGUUUACUUAUCGCAGCUACCCCAACCCAGGUAAUAGUAGGAAGCUUUCUGCCAGACGGGCACAAAGAAGGGGGGAGGAAGAAGGGGGCAUCAUCAGUUCCGGCGAGAGUGAACACUGGUGGCAGUGGCGGUGGUGAUGGGGGUGGCGGCAGCAGCUCUUUUUCACGAGGAACGCAGAGUGAGUCAUCCGAUGGGGGCCCGUUAAGCCCGUUAAAUAUGACGGGUGGUCAUCCUUUUAACGAAAUAACCCCACAAGCCAUGUCAUCCAUGCCUUGGAAAUAAAUAAAUAGUUUCUUCCUAUAAAAAGAAAAAAAAGGUACUAGUUGCUAUGUAAUAUUAUUAUUAUUAUUAAAUUAUAAUUUUUUUUCGGAGGAAAAAGGGAAAGACCCAAUGGCUGCAUUUUCGUGCCACCGUAGUCGAGUUAGGUUCUUCGUUAACCGAUCUUUUUUUUUUUUUCGUUUCUACUGCGGCUGUUGCGGUUUGUUUGUUUGUAUAAAGUUGGUGGUUAGUUC